CGUUCAUAGGUCGCCGUCCUCUCUCUCUCUCUCUCUCUCUCUCUCUCUCUCUCUCUCUCGGUGUGUUUCCAUAACUCACCGAUCUUCCGACCGGGACACUUACCCACUCCAUCGCCGGGAAAUAUUCCGGAAAUACUCCGGCAAUUCAAGCCCCAAGAAACUCGGUUUUCUCCCGCUUUCGUUUUCUCUCCCGAUGCUGGGCGGUCACCGGAAUCUACCUGACUCGUUCUGUUACCGGUGACUUUUUCCAUCGUUACAGUUGUUGCUCGAACCCGUUCGGAAUCCGACCUAUUCCCAAGUUCUGUGUUGUGUUGAAGCUCAUCUGUGUAACAAUUCCUCAAGCAUGCUCCACCAUUUGUAACCCUAAAGAUUAACUGCAGAUUGAGGAGAUGACCCGGAAGCCGACAGGGCGUAGGAGGUUGUUAAAGCAUUCACCUUUGCCAUUUUCACCAUUUAUGCGUUCAUUAGCAUUAGCUUCAACAGCUAGGCGUAAAUUGCCCCAUCCUAAAGCUAGUAAAAGUUCCGAAUCCAAGCUCCCUGAUAAAGAGCUUCCAAAUUCAUCUAAAAAUGUGAAGAAUGAACGAUUGUCAGAAUCAUCAGAUGAGGAAGAUUUUGAGGGGGUUGUUCAAGCGGAUUUCGAGUUUUUUGACCCAAAACCUGAAGACUUUCACGGAGUUAAGAUCCUCCUGCAAAACUAUCUCGAUGAUAAGGAGUGGGAUUUGAGUGGUUUUGUUGAUGUAAUAUUAGAACAGACUACGGUUGGAACAGUGGUCAAAGUAGCAGAUGACGAGGAUGAGGGGCUGUUUGCUGUUGUCACUGCUCUUAACUUGGCUAGAUAUAAGGAUAAUAAGUGCAUGACCGAACUAAAGGACUAUCUUCUUAAAGUCUGUUCGGAGAAGAAUAUAAUGUCCGAACUGAAACUGUCCUUGGAGGACAGGUCACAAAAUGUCGGUUUGUUAGUCUCUCAAAGAGUGGUGAACCUUCCUCCACAACUCCUGCCCCCACUGUAUGAUGGCUUGUUUGACGAAAUCUCAUGGGCUACGGAAGAUGAGCCAGCGGAAGAGCUCCGGAAAUCCUUCUGCCUCAAGUCAUAUCUUAUAUUGACCAAAUUUUACAAGUUGAAAAAUGGCGAUAAGAGGAAAAGGGCUCGAGGUGAAGAAGACGAGGAAACAAUAUUCCUUAAGCCAGAAGACGAAAUCUUUCUCGAGCUAAGCUCGUGGUCCUUCACGUUUCCAUUGCGCACCCAGCUUGUUACUUCUCAAGAGCUGAGAAAUUACAAGUUGACGGGUUUGUUGAUGGCGGUGGAGGCAGACAAGAUCCCGGAGUUCAGACGAAAGUUGAAGUCUUUCGUCGACGAUGAACCGUAAACGUUCAGCGGCUAAAGAUUAGAUGAAACUGGUCGAUGGCUAUCGAUUCCACCAAAUUCUCGAUGCGAAUUCCCAGGCGUUUGAUCUGUUUGCAGAACUGUGUGAGAAAGAAUGAGAGAAUUUUCAUGUUAGGAAAACUUAUAAUCUCAUUUAAACUCUGCAGCACAAAGACAAAUCUCAGAUGUGUUUUUUUUUUCUGUCCGAGUAGAGGUUGAAGAAAAUCUAAUAUAUACACACACACACACAUUUUUUGUGUGGACUGUUCCCCGUUGGUGGGAAAACUAAGGCUUUGGUCCA